CUUGUGCUGGGGAAGCCGAGCCGGGAGGCGGCUUGAUCCGUGGCGCGCUGCUCAUCCUUUCUCCCUCCUGCUCCGAUUUUGCUUUUUCUUCCCCCCUCCCUGCGAAGGCACCGAACCGCCGCGGCGCCAGGACCAAGCCAAAGCCCCCGGUCGACAGGGAGAGCGAGCGAGCGGGCAGACGGGCGGGCGAGCCAUGGCCGGGCGGGCGCGAUGCGCCUUUGUUGCGCGCUGCCUGCUGGCGCCUCUGCUCCUCCUGAGCUCCUGCCUCGGCCCCGGAGCCGCAGCCAACACCCAGGGGAUGGGAGCCGAGCUUGGCCCAUCACUCAGGAGCCCCCAGAUAGCCAUGUUUUGCGGGAAACUAGUCCUACACCUCAAUGUACAGACGGGGCGCUGGGAGCCUGAUGCGUUUGGCACCCAAACCUGCUUCCGCACCCCAGAGGAGAUCCGGAGCUACUGCCAGGAGGUGUAUCCUGAGCUGCAGAUUACCAAUGCUGUGGAAGGCACCCAGCCAGUCACGAUCGACAACUGGUGCAAAAAGGGGCGGCCCAGAUGCAAAGGGCAUCAGCACAUCGUGGUGCCCUAUCAGUGCCUGGUGGGUGAAUUUGUGAGUGAAGCCCUUCUUGUGCCUGAUAAGUGCAAAUUCUUACACCAUGAGAAGAUGGACUCAUGUGAAACCUAUCUGUAUUGGCACAGUGUAGCCAAAGAGGCCUGCAGUGGUGAGGACCUAGAGCUUCACAGCUAUGGGAUGCUGCUGCCCUGUGGGGCUGACCGCUUCCGGGGAGUUGAGUACGUGUGCUGCCCCUCGCGCCCUCCACCUGUCCGGGUGGAACAAGCUACGGAGGCUCCCCAGAUGCUCUCCCAUCUGAAGGAGGAAGCUCUGCACAGCAACAAGGUUCCGACGGGACGCAUCCCGACAGAGGAAGAGAGCUUGGAAAUGGAAGAAGAGGGGGACCUGGAGGAAGAGGAGGAGGUGGAUGAGGAAGAGGAGGAGAGCCUUGGAGAUAGUGCCCCUGACUCUGACCCCUUCCCUGCUCCCUGGGACGACUAUUUUGUGGAGCCGGGUUACUUCGAUGACAGCAUCACCCAAACUACCAUCACCACCACGACACAGACUACGGAAGAAGAUGUCAAAGUGACCCCAACCCCUCGGCCCACCGACGGAGUGGAUGUGUAUUUUGAAAUGCCCGGAGAUGGGAAUGAACAUGCCAACUUCCUGCGUGCCAAGAUGGACCUGGAGGAGCGCCGCAUGAGGCAGAUCAAUGAGGUGAUGAAGGAGUGGGCCGAAGCUGACAAUCAGGCGAAGAACUUGCCCAAGACUGACCGACAAGCGCUCAAUGAGCACUUUCAGUCCAUCCUUCAAACAUUGGAGGAACAGGUGGCCCGGGAACGCCAGCGGCUGGUGGAGACACAUCUGGCCCGCGUCGUGGCCCUGCUGAAUGAUAAUCGCCGUGCAGCCCUGGAAAGCUACCUGACAGCUGUGCAGAACGAUCAUCCUCAGCCGGACCGCAUCCUGGCAGCACUGAAGAGGUACGUGCGGGCAGAGCAGAAGGACCAGCGCCACACCCUCCGCCAUUAUCAGCAUGUGGCGGCCGCCGAUCCCGAGAAAGCUGAGCAAAUGAAGUUCCAGGUGUACACCCACCUCCAUGUGAUUGAGGAGCGGAUGAACCAGAGCCUGGCAUUGCUGUACAAGAACCCGCAGCUUACACAGGAGCUCCGAGGAGACAUUGAGGAGCUGCUGCGAUCCGAACGGGUAUCCACCAGCGACCUGCUCACCACCUCCAUCUCAGAGACACGCACCACCGAGGAGCUUCUUCCCAUGGACAGUAGUGAGGAUCUAGUAUCGGAGAGUCGUUCUUACCCACAUGAUGGAGAAGAUUCUGAACAAACUGACAAGAAAGCUUCAGGGCUAGCAGAAUAUGACUAUCCCACUAGCGACAAGGCCUUGCUGUAUGAGUACGAACGUAAGGUCAACGUGUCUGUCUCCGAUAUCAAAGGCAUGGUGUACAAGUCGCAGGAGAUCCAACGUGACGAGCUGGAGCCAGACUCCCUGGUGACCAUCAACAGGGGUGCCUUGAUAGGCCUCCUGGUAGUGGCAGUGGCUGUUGCCAUGGUGAUCAUCAUCAGCCUCCUGAUGGUUCGUCGGAAGCCCUACGGGACCAUCAGCCACGGCAUUGUUGAGGUGGACCCCAUGGUCAGCCCUGAGGAGCGGCAGCUGAGCAAGAUGCAAAACCAUGGCUACGAGAACCCCACCUACAAAUUCUUUGAAGAGAUGAACUGAGCCCUUCGGUGCUCCUGGGGGAGAUGUGGGGUCACUGGGCGGUGGGUGAUACCAGGUGGGUGGGAGUUGGUGGUAUCUACAGAGGGAGAGGGGUAGGUCCCACGUACCUUCCACACUGAGCCCUCCUGCUCCUCUGCUCUGGCUGAGCCAUGCGCCCCUCCCUCCACGGCCCGUUCCCUCUCCCCCCCCCCCCCCCCCCCGUUUUUGUUCUUCCAUUCGCCAUCUUCCUUCUCACAUACCCCUUCCGGGCUUCACAACUUUAAUCUCUGGCCUCGCUGCCUACCAUUUCUCUUCUCACCUCCCCCUCCACACCCUCAAGUCUUCAUCACUCUUAAGGUGCGUGUGCGUGCGCACACGUACACACACACACACAGACACACACACAGAGAGAGAGAGAGAGAACGCGAAAGAGAGAGAGAGCUUGCAUUAGGAGCCAUCAGCCACUGUCGUUGGAAUAGCUCUGCGAUCACGCACUUCCCCAGGUCAUUUGUCGCAUCUGCAGUCUCCACGUGCAAAGUCAAGGAUUUCAGCUACUAAACACCCUGCACCACCCUCGCCAUCUCGUGUGUUCCUGUCACUAACCAACGCUCCGUUGCGUGGUGGGGCUGUUCUGCGCGCAUCUUCCUCACCUGCCCAGGGCCAACAGCCAUCUUGCCAUUGCAGCUCACGCUGAGCUGGCUGUCUCACCCUGAAGCUCUAGCCAUGCAUUCCACCUGGUGCUCCACAGAGCAGCAGCCUCUGCAUCAUUGACCCACCGCACGCAUCUCAUCGGCAACUCCCUUUUUCCAGGGUUUAUUUAGGGGAGGGGGGCUGUUUUUAACAUGGAAUGCCUGUAGCUUAUGCGUGAGACAAGAAUUGCUAAUCUAGCCUGCCUCCAGCAUAGGAACCAAACUCCAGAGAGACAUUUGGUGUCUUUUCCAUUUCCACUUGUCUUAUGCUUCCCUUUGAACUCCUCACUAGUUGCACUUAAUUUAUUUGGAAAGCCAACUAAAGUGGGUUGACCGAAGCAGGUUAACGCUCUACUUCCCUUGACCCAGUUAACUUCCAUCAGCACCUUAUUUACUUGAUUGGAAAGAGGAGAAGCCAAGAUUUAAGUUCUCCUCCCUCACCUCCCUAUUCCUUCCUCUCCCCUUCCUCAGAGAUACAAGGGAUGGGGCAACAUUGCUGAAACAGAUAAGAGGGCUGCCCUUUGUCCAUCCCAGUGGUUCCCAGGCUAGGAAGUAAGUUCAGCCAUGAUUUAAGGAAAGCAGAGAUGGGGGGCUAUUAUAGGGCUAGCCAGAUAGGCCUGUGCCGUUUUUUAUCAUUUGCAGUGCGUUCUUUUCCUUCCAGUAGAAACAUGCCAGUUUUAGUAGGGUGCUGCCAUAUGAUCCGGUUGCCUUCCGAAGCAAUGCAUGUUCUGGGAUGAACCACCUUGGCAUCUGAAACAGGGGGAGAUGGUGGGCCACUUGGGUUGCCUUGUCUUGCCAUCUCUGUCAGUGUAUGCCAAAUGCACUAUGAUGUUUAUCCACUACUGGAGGAUGGAAGAGAGCGCCUCCAGACUGUACCAUUUUACUACCUUUUGUAGGGUUGCAGUUGGGUGGCAGACUAAAGAAUAUGCCCUAUUCUUGGCAUAUACUAACAGGGCUCUUGAGAUGGAUUAAAAGAAAUGAGCUUGGGACUGAUAUUAUUUUAUCUUUUGAUCCUCCCGAGACAUAAUCCCUUUGGGCAGAUAUCCUCGUAAUGAAAAGCUGCCAGAUUCCAUCUCGCACAGGGCUCCUGGCCUUUUAAGAACUGCAUCAAAGAGAGGGGAAGAGUUCUUUUAUUCGCUUCCUCCCCACAAAGAGAGCCAGUGUCUUUGCAGAACCUCCGAGUCCUCAGGGGGACCCGGCCAUCCCCCAGGUGGGCCAGCCCUUUGCAGACUCCAUGCUCGGCCUCAGAGAAGCAAGAGCGGGUGGCUGCGUGCCCUGAAUCCCUUCUCUGUUUUUCCCGUGGUUGCCAAGUCAUUUCCUGCCCCUCCCUUGCCCCAUUUCUGUUUUGCUUCUUGUUCCUUUUUAAGCUGUCACUCUUGAAAUCAAGAUGCAAAAUGUCAAGGGACAAACCAGGAGAUGGAUUUCAAUUGCCAGCCCUCCCACCAAACUAAUAAAAUAUUGUCACUUCUCUAACCCCA